AUGGACUUCCUCAAGUCUGCAGUGGCGUCGGCCAUUGCCAGCGGGCCCCCUUUCCCAUAUAGCUUUGGCGAUCGUGUCGAUGUCGACGAAUCUAUCUGGACGCUGCACAAUGGCACGAGGAAGGAAAACGGUUCGAACUGCAGUAUCUUUGCGUUCGAUAUUCCAAACAACAGGGCUCGAUUACCGUUAGCCAAGAAUGCGCUCAAGAAGAUGAAGACCAUGAGGCACCCCGGGGUGAUCAAAGUUCUUGACACAGUCGAACGGACAGUCAAGUUUAUCAACAGUGAUGCCGCGUCGAUACACGGCAGUCUGAAAGUCGGCUCAGUAUAUACGUCAGAAAGUGGCGAGUGGAAGCUCGGUGGCUUUGAUGUCCUGAGCAGCGUCAAAGAUGACGAGUCUAUUAUUUAUACAUAUGGUGGUCUGGUGCCAGAUUCGGGUCGAUACUGCCCACCUGAAGUGGCCCAGAAUGGCUGGGAAGUUAUCAAGAAAAAUCCGCAGACAGCUGUCGAUGCAUUUGAUUUCGGUGUGCUGAUAUACGAGGUGUUCAAUGGCGAUUACACCAGCCAGAGCCAAGCUGGGACUACCAAGAACGUACCGCCCACAAUGCACGCGAGCUACAAGCGGCUAUGCAAUGCGAAUCCAAAGGCCCGUCUGAGCGUCAGCGCCUUCCUUGAUCAGGGCAGCCGAACCAACUCCUUUUUCGAUACUCCAUUGAUCAAGAUGACCGAGGGCAUUGACAACUUGGGCGUCAAGUCACCGGAAGAGAGGGAGCAGUUUCUUGAUGACCUGGACGCACUCACGGACGACUUCCCUGAGGAAUUCUUCAAGAUGAAGGUGCUGCCCGAAAUGCUCAAAUCGGUCGAGUUUGGAGGUGGCGGUCCCAAAGCACUCGGCGUCGUCAUGAAGAUAUCCGCCCAAUUGUCGAAUGACGACUUUGAAUCCAAGAUGAUCCCUGUCAUUGUGCGGCUCUUUGGUAACCCUGAUCGCGCCAUCCGCGUAUGCUUACUAGACAACCUACCUCUGAUGAUCGACCGUCUGCCGCAGAAGAUUGUUAACGACAAGAUAUUCCCGCAAAUGGUCACUGGGUUCACGGACUUGGCACCAGUCGUGCGAGAGCAGACUCUGAAAUCUGUGUUGGUCAUCAUCACCAAGCUUUCGGAUCGAACAAUCAACGGAGAUCUUCUCAAGCAGCUCGCGAAGACUGCAAACGACGAGCAACCCGGCAUUCGCACAAACACGACCAUAUGCUUGGGAAAAAUUGCAAAGAACUUAGGCGCAUCAUCCAGAUCAAAGGUCCUCACAGCUGCGUUCACUCGGUCGUUGAGGGACCCGUUUGUGCAUGCUCGUAACGCAGCUCUUAUGUCGCUUGGAGCUACGGCGGAGCACUUCUCCGACGAAGACUGCGCGUCGAGGAUACUUCCCGUGGUCUGCCCCUGUCUUCUCGACAAGGAGAAGCUGGUGCGAGACUCGGCCAACCGGACUGUUGAUGUCUACCUACAGAAGAUAAGAAAAGCAGCCUCCGAUCUACCUGAUACAGCGCUGCCGCCGCCACAGGCAGCUGGCGCGGGAGCAGCGGCGCCACGGAUGGCGACCCCCAAGACCGGCGAGUCAUCUGGAUGGACUGGCUGGGCUAUCUCGUCUUUCACAAACAAAUUGUCAUCUGCGGCUGGUGACAUGCAGACCAAUGGCUCUGGUACGAGCACGCCUGCUCCUGUAGCAUCACCAAACCCCGAGACCAGAAAGCCUGCCACCGCUUCAGCGUCCAACCUACACAGGCAAGCCGUUGCAUCGCCACCUCCAGAGUCAUCGCGAGGGGGCUCGCCGAAUCCCAAUGCAGUGGCCCAGGCAUUUCUGCCGGAGGACGAUGGCGAUGAUGCGGGCGCAGCGUGGGGUGAUAUGGGAGACAUGGACGACGACGGCACAGUGUCCGCCUCGAACACCUCCACGAAGCCAAUGACACAGACAGUAGCCUCGACGAAACCAUUUGAAGACGGAGAACCGGACUUUGCCGCUUGGUUGGCGGAGCGGUCUGGCAAGAAACCUGGGGUGAAACCGUUGCCCAAGGGCUUGUCAAAAUCAUCGAGUUCCAUCAAGAAGACGACAACUUCGACGAAACCAGCCACGAAACCAACAGUAACCAAGAAAUUGGACUUGAAACCGAAAGAAUCAGAAGAAGACGAUGCAUGGGGAGACGGCUGGUGA